AUGAAUCGAUUUUCGUUCGCCCGCAACAGACUUCAACAUUUAAUAAAGCCGAAUAUAUUUUUCGUUAUGUCCCAUGGCAAGUCUCAUAAGUCGGAGAGCUCAUGGAGAGUUGAAUCAAAACAUCCGUUACUCCAAACUCAUACUUUGGAGAAAGAUCUCGCAGAGGCCAUUGGAGCUGGAGCGCAAGUAGUUUUUCGAAACAUUUUCUGUGUAUCUUUCGUAUGCAAGACUAAAGCAACAAAACGAAGGAAAGUAGAAUCGAAAAGAGAAGGAUUUUGGAAAAUUAUUCAAGGAAUGAGAUGCCAUCUACCACCCACACUUCAUGAUGGAUGA